AUAAAAUCCCUUCCCUUUUCAUUUCAUAUAUAAAAUCAUUUCUCUCAAACAUCUUAACGGUUUUCUCUCUCUCCUCUUUAUCUUUCUCUCUCUAAACGACGCCAUCUCUAUCUCGACUUCACCGGCGGCGUUAUCACCGGUCACCGCCUCGCGGUUCUCCUCAUAUUCUUUCGUUCAUUGCUCCAGAUUCUUCGCGGUUUGGAUUCUCCUCCGCCAGAUUUAUCGAUUGAGGAAAUCCUUGCUGUGACAGGAAUUUCGGAUUCUUCUGCAAUGAGUGCAGGUGAAGAUCUUGUAACCGGUGCAGCUAGUGCUGCUGAGAAUCCCAUUAUCCACGCCACUGGUACUACAGGAGAUCCUACAAAUGACCGACCAAAUCAUGCAGUAAAUCAUGUUAGCAACAAAGAAAUUGGUUCAAAAAGUCCUGCUAAUGUUGAACCAAACACAGUAAAUCCUUUAAAUGACCACGCAAGUGGUUCAGAAAAUCCAGUAAUUGCCCAAGCAAGUGUUGCAGAAACCCCUAGAAAUGAAGCAGGUGGUACAGGAGCAGAUGAUUCUAUAAAUGACCAAUUAAAUGGUGCGAAAAAUCCUGCAAACAACCAAGCAGGUGGGGCAGAAACAGAAACUUUUAUGAAUGACCAGUUAAAUAUUGCGGAGACUUCUGUGAAUGACCAAGCAGGUGGUGGAGGCAAAAUUCUUGCUCACAGUGAAGCUGAUGCUAUAAAAAAUCCUUUAGUUGACCAACCAGAUGCUGCAGAAAAUCUUGUAGAAGGGAAAGCAGAUGCCAUUGAAACCCCGUCAAACAUCAAAGAUACUGUUGAAACCCCUGGAAGCAACAGAAUUGACCGUCUUCCAGUAGAAGCAAAGGAGAUACUGAUAUCAUUGGCAGGUAAAUGGGAGGAUGUACUAGACGCAAGUGCAUUGCAGGUGAUCCCUCUCAAGGGGGCAAUGACAAAUGAGGUAUUCCAAAUAAAGUGGCCAGCUACAAAUGGGGAAACCUCACGGAAGGUUGUAGUUAGAAUCUAUGGUGAGGGUGUGGACAUUUUCUUUGAUAGGGAUGAUGAAAUACGGACAUUUGAGUACAUGUCAAAAAAUGGUCAAGGACCUCGUCUACUAGGACGUUUUACAAAUGGACGCGUUGAAGAGUUUAUCCAUGCACGGACACUGUCAGCUUCUGAUCUACGUGAUCCGUCAAUUUCUGAUCUUAUAGCGGCCAAAAUGAAGGAGUUUCAUGAUCUAGAUUUGCCUGGUGAAAAGAAGGUCAAUCUUUGGCGUACAUUGAGAAAUUGGCUUGGUGAGGCCAAACGUCUGUCCUCUCCAAAGGAAGUCGAAGCUUUUUAUUUGGACACAGUCGACAAGGAAAUCUCUAUUUUGGAAAAGGAACUAUCAGGCACAGACCAACGAAUAGGAUUUUGCCACAAUGAUUUACAAUAUGGUAACAUAAUGCUUGAUGAAGAGACCGAUUCCGUGACCAUAAUAGACUAUGAAUAUGCAAGUCACAAUCCUAUAGCAUAUGAUAUAGCAAACCACUUCUGUGAGAUGGCUGCGAAUUAUCAUACAGAAAUGCCUCAUAUUCUUGAUUACAGCAAAUAUCCUGAUAUUGAUGAGCGUGUAAGAUUUAUUAUGGCAUAUUUGAGUACCUCAGGUGAAAUACCAAGUGAGGGUGAAGUGGAGCACCUACUUCAAGAAGUUGAGAAAUAUACACUUGCAAAUCAUCUAUUCUGGGGCCUUUGGGGAAUAAUUUCGGGACAAGUAAACACAAUUGAAUUUGAUUACAAGGAAUAUGCGAAACAGAGGUUUCAAGAGUAUUGGGCAAGGAAACCUUAUCUUCUGAGCUCUGAUGCACCUUCUCCUUUUAAUGUCCCCGAGGGAACAGGAGAGCUUGCGUCGGGAGGGCACACCAAAGGAAAGAACGCAGGUAUCUUCAGAAAGAUGAAGAGAGUUUUGGGUCUUGGCUUGUUCAGGUCGAAAAGCUAAACCAAGGUUCCUGCCAAAACAUUAUCCUUAAUGUACUAAACAAUUACCAUAUUUUGGCAUCAUAUUUUUUUAUUUGUUCAUUCUUUAACUUCGUGUAUGAGAAUGGUUAAUAAUUUACGCGAUUAUAAAAUCAGAAAUCUUAGCACUAAGUUUACAUUACACAGUUAUUGAUAAACAUCACCCGAAAUUCACACAUAGCUGUGAGGUUUUGGGUGAAGAUGCCCAACUUAACAAAAUCAAUACUGUCACUUGAGCUAAACUUUAAGGAUGUCACGAAGUUAUCAACUAUAUAUGCUCACAAUGUCCAAUUAUAUUUUGUUCAAAACAUAUAUAUUUGAUGAGAUGGUUAUAAUUGAAUAUUUGUCUAUAUUGAACUUAUUA